AUGACGCCACAACCCAUGUUUACAUAUCUGCAGGAGGCAGGACCAAAGACUGGCCUGCAGUUUAAGACAUCAGUUGGAUUGCCUAACGAGAUAAGUCUCCUCUCAAUAGGAAUACUUCUGGCUGGGGACCUCCCAGAGACAAAGGCGCACCUAGAGGUUCUCCUUAAGAUGAGCAGUGCCACCAGGGGCUCUACCAGGGACGGUGGCGCCGCCAGGGGACCUUCCAGUGGCGGUGUCUCCAGGGGUCAUUCUAGGGAAUGUGGGGGAACUCCUAGAGGCCAUGGCACAGCCAGGCGUUCUUCCAGGAGAGGUGGCGCCCACAGGGACCCUUCCAGGAAAAUCUACUCCUCCAUGGUCCCUUCCAAGGGCACCUCCUCCCUCAGGGACCCUUCCAGUGGCGGCAAAGCCUCCAGGGGCCCUCCCUGGGGUCUCAGUGACCGUAGGAGGUCUCCCAGGGGCGUUGGUGCCUCCAGAGGCCUUUCCAGGGGCGGUGGCGCUCCUAGGGACACCCCCUGGGGCACUGGCACCGAAAGGGGACCUGACAGUGGCGAUGGCGCCCCCAAAGGCUGUCCCAGGGCGACAGCGUUCCCAGGGGAUCGAUCGUGUCAUCCUAGGGACAGCGGGGAUCUCCAAGAGGCGUGGCAUAUCCAGGUGUUCUCCCAGCAGCGGUGGUGCCCCACGGGCCCUCCCAGGGGGAUCUGCGCCCCCAGGGGCCCUCCCAAGGGCAGAUGCUCCGUCAUGGACUCUUCCAGUGGCGGAAAAGCCCUCAGGGGCCCUCACAGGGACCUCAGCGACCCAAGGAGCUCUCCCAAGGGUGUUGGUGCCUCCUGGGCAUUUUCAGGGGCGGUGGCGCCCCAAGGGACCCUCCCUGGGGCGGUGGCACCCCAUGGGGCCCUGCCAGGGACAAUAGCACCCCCAGGGGCCGUCACAAAGCGACAGCGCUCCCAGGGGCUCGAUCGGGACCUUCCAGAGGCAAAGACGCACCUAGGGGUUUUCCUUAAGAUGAGCAGUGCCACCAGGGGCUCUACCAUGGACGGUGGCGCCGCCAGGGGAUCUUCCAGUAGCGAUGUCUCCAAGGGUCAUUCUAGGGAAUGUGGGGGAACUCCUAGAGGCCAUGGCACAGUUAGGCGUUCUCCCAGGAAAGGUGGCGCCCCAAGGGGCCCUCCCAGGUGCCAUCCCUGUUAA